AUGGACGAUUACACCGAAGUGCGCCCUCGGGAGAAUCGCACUGUAGAUGCGCCGGGACCGCUUCCAAGUGAACUCCGCUCAGAUCCAGAAACCUCCACGGACAUACUCGAGGACCCGUUCGAUGAUAGAUGCGCCCUGGCCCAAGGUAGUGAAAGCGGCAAGUCAGUCGAAAUAGCGUUCUUAGAGCCACUCCAGGGAGACCUGUUGCUAGACCUCAGCCCACCAGACGAGAAAGCAGGCAGCCUUAGUAAAGCCAUCAGCCAGUUCCAAAGCGUGGUGAGAAGCCGACCGACACGCGAAGAGCCUGAAGCCGAGCACCAGCAAAGCCCGACUCAAGACGUCGAGCUGAAGAAGAGAGUUCCGAUCUCCACCACCACGACGCCAACCGCAUCUCCCCCUUCGGCGAGAGUCACGCCGCAGGCCUCUGGACCGAUCAAGGCAUCUCCUCCUUCAAGUGCCCAAGCACCGCCUCAGCCACCCAAAGUCAAAUCGCCGGAGCAAAACACGCAAAUGAGCGGUAUAAUGUGCUAUGAAUGCGGAACAAACUUCAGCAAUGUUAUCGCACUGCACCAGCACCAGAUGAUGGACAAGCACAACUACUGCGAGUGGUGUUAUGCCUUCUUCGCUGAUCGAACUCUGCUUCACAAGCACAAGCAGCAGGUGCACAGCUUCAAGUGCGCAGUGUGCGGACUGUCCCAUUUCACCCUGGAGGACCUCAUCGCGCACCAGCAGCUCAAGGCACACUGCUACUGUAAACCCUGCAACAGUUACUUCAAGGACCAGAAGAGUCACAGACAGCACAUGGCCACGAUGCACGACAACUCUCGCCAUACCCCCAGCCCUCCCAAACCCACGGCCACCGUGGCGGCGUCUGGAGGAAGGCACAAAUGCACUGUCCCGUCGUGUGCUUUUACAUCAGCCACAGCAGAGCAGCUCCGGAGCCAUCAGCAGAAGGAAAAUCACAACUUCUGCCGACCCUGCAACAAAGCAUUUUGUGAUGCUAUGGCGCUGAAAAACCACAAGAACGGUGGUGGACGCCAUGACGAGAAUAUCAAGAAGCACGAGAGCGGCUAA